AGCAGAAGAUGUGGCCGAGUUUCUCGCAGCAUGGAUAACAGCAGUGGUCCUGUUCUUCUCCUCACCUUGCUCCUGCUGCAGAACACGAGCAGCCCCAAAGCCUCCACCCUCCCUGCUGGCUAUGGGAUGGCAGAACCUGCAGCCCCAGGAGCCGGCUCCAGCAGGAACCACUCUCUGGUGGAGUACGGGCUGAGGCCAGGGGAAAUCGCAGCUGCCAGCGUGGUUUGGGGAGCGCUGUGGCUGAUCUCUGUCUUGGGAAACUUCCUCGUUUGCUUAGUGAUCCACAGGAGCAGGAGGACUCAAUCCACCACCAACUACUUUGUGGUGUCCCUGGCGUGUGCAGACCUGGUGAGCAGCGUGGGGAGCGCGCCCCUGCUGCUGCUGCAGCUGAGCUCCGGGCGGUGGCUGCUGGGCAGCGGCGUGUGCCGGCUGGGCAGGUACCUGCAGUACCUCACGCCCUGCGUGCAGACCUACGUGCUCCUCGCCAUCAGC